GUGUGGUUAGUGUGCGAGACGAGCCCUGACUCUGCUUCUCGGGACUAGGGCAAGACAGCGGAGUACACCGUACCAUUCCCUCCUUGAUUGCGGGCAAUGAAAUUUACAGAUUGAAAGUGGGGGAGGAAUAAUAUAUAAAAUGACGGUGGACUUUGAAGAAUGUAUCAAAGAUUCUCCCAGAUUCAGGGCAAAUAUCGACGAGGUCGAGACGGAGGUGGUGGAAAUUGAAGCGAAGCUGGAUAAGCUAGUGAAGCUAUGCAGCGGUAUGAUCGAGGCCGGGAAGGCCUAUGUCAGCGCCAACAAGCUGUUUGUCAACGGGGUCCGGGACCUCUCGCAGCAGUGCAAAAAAGACGAGAUGAUCUCAGAGUGUUUGGAGAAAUUUGGAGAGAGUCUCCAGGAAAUAGUGAACUACCACAUGAUCCUGUUCGACCAGGCCCAGAGGUCUGUCAAGCAGCAGCUACACAACUUCGUCAAAGAGGAUGUGCGCAAGUUCAAGGAGACCAAGAAGCAGUUUGACAGGGUGCGUGAGGACAUGGAGAUGGCCCAGGUGAAGAAUGCCCAGGCCCCGCGCAACAAGCCCCACGAGGUGGAGGAGGCCACGGGCACGCUCACCAUUACCCGGAAGUGCUUCCGGCACCUGGCGCUGGACUAUGUGCUGCAGAUCAAUGUUCUUCAGGCAAAGAAGAAGUUUGAAAUCUUAGAUUCGAUGCUGUCCUUCAUGCACGCCCAACACACACUCUUCCAGCAGGGAUACAACCUCCUGGACGAGAUCAAUCCCUACAUGAAGAGACUGGCGGCAGAGCUGGAUCAGCUGGUGAUCGACUCGGCCAUUGAGAAGAGGGACAUGGAGCAUAAGCACGCCACCAUUCAGCAGCGGACUCUGAUGGAGGAUUUCUCCUACGACGACUCGAAGGUGGAAUUCAACGUGGAUGCUCCCAACGGAGUGGUGAUGGAAGGCUACCUGUUCAAAAGGGCCAGCAAUGCAUUUAAGACAUGGAACAGGCGGUGGUUCUCCAUACAAAACAGUCAGCUGGUGUAUCAGAAGAAGUUAAAGGACUCCCUGACGGUGGUGGUGGAGGACCUGAGGCUUUGUUCUGUCAAGCCCUGCGAGGACAUCGAGAGGAGGUUCUGCUUCGAGGUAGUCUCCCCCACCAAGAGCUGCAUGCUGCAGGCAGAGUCGGAAAAGCUGAGGCAGGCUUGGAUCCAUGCAGUGCAGGCCAGCAUCGCCUCGGCCUACCGGGAAAGCCCUGACACAUACUACAUCGAGCGCCUAGACCGCACGGCUUCGCCGUCCACCAGCAGCAUCGACUCGGCCAGCGAGCCGCGGGAGCGCUGCGUGCGUGCGGACGGCAUACUGCACCGCGUCCAGUCCGUGCCGGGCAAUGAGAUCUGCUGUGACUGCGGCCAGGCCGAUCCACGCUGGGCCAGCAUCAACCUAGGCAUCCUGCUGUGCAUCGAGUGCUCCGGCAUCCACAGGAGUUUGGGCGUUCACUGCUCCAAGGUCCGGUCACUGACUUUGGAUUCUUGGGAACCAGAAUUAUUGAAGCUAAUGUGUGAGCUGGGAAACGGCACCAUCAACCACAUUUAUGAAGGGUCUUGUGAAGAAUUAGGCGCGAAGAAGCCUGGGUCCUCAAGUUCAAGACAGGAGAAGGAAGCCUGGAUAAAAGCCAAGUAUGUGGAGAAGAGGUUUCUGAAGAAGCUGUCGGGCAGCGAAGCCUUAGUGAAUGGCGAGCGGAAAGCACGGCGCUGGAGUGUGAAGAAGUGUCAGAGGCACGACAGCGCCGGCAAAGCCCCCAAAUCGCGACGCAAGCACCGGCAAGAGCCUGGCAGCGCCUCUCCAGCCACCCUGUCUUCAGCUGCCGCACUGGAGAGGAAAUUUCGGAGGGACUCGCUCUUCUGCCCGGACGAGUUGGACUCUCUCUUCUCCUAUUUCGAUACAGGCUCCGGACCUCGCAGUCUGAGCAGUGACAGUGGGCUCGGUGGCAGCACAGAUGGCAGCACAGACAUCCUGGUGUUUGGCUCGGUGGUGGACAGCGUCACAGAGGAAGAGUGCGAGGUGUCGGAGGAGUCGAGCGGGGAGACAGAGCUGGAGCCUGAGACGUCGGACCCUGAGGACCUUCGGGACCUGCACCCCGGCGGCCUUCUGUACAAGGCGUCACGAGCCCGGAACCUUCCCGCAAUGGCGGAGGCGCUGGCGCAUGGCGCGGAUGUCAACGCCACCAACGACGAGGACGAGAGCAAGAGCCCGCUCAUCCAGGCCGUGUUCGGGGGUUCAUUGAUAGCCUGCGAGUUUCUGCUCCAAAAUAGUGCCGAUGUCAACCAAAGAGACAUCCGAGGGAGGGGGCCCCUUCACCAUGCCACAUAUCUAGGACACACGGGGCAAGUCUGCUUGUUCCUGAAGCGAGGAGCUAACCAGAACGGAGAUGAGGACGGCCAGGACCCGCUGAGCAUCGCCGUGCAGGCCGCCAAUGCCGACAUCGUCACCUUGCUACGUCUGGCUCGGAUGAACGAGGAGAUGCGAGAAUCCGAAGGCCCCCUCGGACAGCCAGGUCAAUAUCCCAGCUGCAGCCCCACCGAGCAGCAGUAUAAAAAAUGCAUUCAGGAGUUCAUUUGCCUUACCAUAGAUGAAUGCUAAGGCAACACACACGCCCAACCCUCUUCACCACGGCCCAUUCUGGUAUCCAGUUUGGGCCUACGGUGGGGUGGCGCAUGCCAAAGGGUAGAGGUUUGGGGCAGGCCCGCAGAGAAUCUUGUGCCAGAAGUCAUCAUCUCAGCCGCGAGUGAUGUCCUUUAUGUAACAAUAUUCUUUGCGGUGCCCUGCCCGCCUCUCAAAGUCCAGCAUUCCAGACCGCACCAGCCUGGUCUCCACGGUUUUCCCCCAGCUCCCCUGUAGGAGAUGCUAUAGCCCUCGGCUUUGCCCAAAAACCAGAACAACACCAGCCAGUACAGCCAGAGCAGGUAGGCUGGGCCUCCUGCAUUCUCUCUGGGAGUCAACAAGUGUAUUAGUAUGUAUGGAAAUACCUCUUCUGAGAGCUGGUUUAUAAAAUCCUGGACGUAGUCUGGGUGUAAGUCGGUGGCCAGUGUUUGCACUCGAUUUAAGAAUAAGGGUUGAUCCAGAAGAACCCACUUGGCAUACAGUGACUCUGUCAUUUUGACGUGUGAGUCCAAAUGUUGUGGUCUUAGGGUAAACUUCCGUUAUAUCACGUAUUCGGGAGGUCCGAACCUAUAGUGCUGAGUGUCCAGUUCUGAUUGGUCAGAACUGACGAUAAAAAAGGCCACCCACUGACUGCAUUUCAGGGACCAACUUUACAAACAACUUGCUAUAACAUUUUCAAUAUGUAGUCGCAAUAAUACAGUUUAGAUCUGAGCCAGGUCUGGUCAAAUGGAACUCGGUCACUAGUGAAAGGUACCACCUAGACACCUAAUCCCCAAACUCGGCCAUCUCCUCUGGGUCAGAAACAGAGUCUCACAGUUCCACAUUUUGCUGCUAGAUUCUGCUCUUCGUCCAGUUAGCUGUCCCGUGCAGGGGGACACAUUCUAGAACUCUUCCUUAGUCACCAUCUGCAUCCCAAAAGUUUCCGUAAAUAAUAAUUUGUUCCCGCCCGGAAGUAGAUUAUAGCUCGAGCCCCUCACACAAAAUCACAUGAACAGAGUACAGCCUACAUGCAGUUUCAGUCCAUACAAUUCAGCUUAUACCUACUAACUUAUUUUAUUUUUAUAUAUGUAUAUUUUUGUCCAUGAGUGCAGUAUUUACACACUCCGUUUCAAUUCUCAUUGUGAUCCAGUGGCAUGAGGUGAACAAUGUCUCUUUGUAUGUUGCCUGUAAGACGCUAAGGCCUUGCAGAAAUGAUUGAAAAGAGAAGGUGGGACAGGCUGUGAGAUGGGGUUGGUUGAUGUGUGUGAGAGUCCAUGAAGGAGGACAUCAGAACUGUGCUCUGUGGAGCGUGCGCGUGUAAAUAUGUAUAUGCUAAAGGUAUGUUUUAGAUAAGACUUAUUUAAAUAAAAAUGCUAGGAUAUUAUUUAGACUUCAUGCAUUUUUUUGCACUUUUCCCCUGAAGUAUUUUUUCAUUUUGAAGUCAGUUUUAUCACGUUUGUCUUUUAUGGAGUAAAAUCUGUGUGCUGUGUGUUAUUGCCAUUUAUAUUGGCUGCCCAGAGGACUAGUGCAAUGAUUAUUUUAAUAUCUCUGAAAUGUUUUUUUAAUGUUGUUUUUAUUUUUGAGAAAACUCCACAGAUGGUAUUUUUUAAACUGGUAAAUACUGUAUCCCAGACAGCGUGUGUUGAAUUAUCUAUUUAGGAUUUUAACUUCCCAACUUCAGUGCAUCUUCACACAGCCAGCCCAUAGAACACUACUAGGAUUUAUUCGUUAACAAACUUAUUUUUGUGGUCUCCGUUUAAUAUAAAUGGAAAAAAAAAAAUAUUGCGUAAUUGCUGGAUUGUUGAAAACUUUAUUGAGGUAUUAUGAUUUUUAUACAUUUAUUAUUCUGAUUAGGUUAUCCCUGAUUAAAUACUGCUGGAGGUCACAAUGCCUAUGUCACUCAGGUCCACACACCGUUUAUGUGAAUAUUUGGUAUAUUGUCCAAUUAUUUCUGUGAUCCUUGUAAUGCAAUGGUAGAUCUUGAGUGACACUUUGUAACAUCAUGCAGAGGCCUUUGGUCAGAAAGCAACUAGCUGUAGUGGACAGAUCACUGAAGUAGUGAAAUUUUAGCCACAUGAGAAAAGGCUUUAGCUUGUCAGUUGUUUUUGUAUAGAUCCACUGCCUGAUGUCUACAUUCAAGCCAGUUUAAGAGUUUCCAGAAUGAGCAGAGCCCUCAGCUUAAGUGCAUGGGUAAUAAAUUCAUGUGAUUCUUGAUUAUUUAAGCUCCACUCUCUUUGUGGCUGGGAGACACUGGUCUGCUGUGUAUAAGGGCCAGACUGGUCUCUUUAUAAAUGGAUCUCUGAAAGGAGAUUAAUUCGGGUGCAUACCCAACAUCUUAUGUAGUCAAACAUUAUUAAUCUAUCAUAUCCUGUGCUGAUCCUAAUGAGACCCGUUCUUCAUUGUACGAAUCCACCGAAAUUAACACAAACGGCGACAAUGAAGUCAAUUAAUUUGCUCGUCUUGCAUGUAAAGGGUAACGUACAUGCAUAAAUCGAUUCGAUUGAUAAAUGGUCUAAAAUAUCAGUUAUUGCUUCUUUUAGAGGUACAGUUUGGAGAUAAUGGAGCCAGUGUUAUAUGUAUCACUGUUAUAGUGACUUUGUCUAAGGCAGUUAUUUUUUAAACCAUGGAAAGUGAAGGAACGUCCCAUUUGAUUGUGUAAAUGUGAGUAUAGAAGGGGCCAACUGCCUUUUUUACUUGUCCUGAUGGUUUGGAAAUGAUUGAGUGUGCUAAGAGUGUAUCCUAUGUACUUACUGCCAAAGACCUACAAUUAUUUGAGGGUUUGUGUGAAAAUAAUUCUAGUUCAGAGGAGAUCUUAUUCCUGUAUCUUAUUCCCACUUUCUUGUCUCCUCUUUAAUUGAGGAUUACAUUAGGAUAUUUUAUUUUUCUGUUAGUGGAGAGUUUAAGGCAGGGGUGGGCAAUCUUAUCCGCAACGGGCCGGUGUGUAUGCAGGUUUGUGGGAUAACCUUUAGGUCAGCUGUUUAGGAGAGCUCUUCAGCCAAUCAGUCCUCUAACUGGCAAUAUAAUUAGGGAGUUGCAGUGAAAACCUGCACACACAACGGCCCUUUUUGGAUAAUAUUGCCCACCCCUGGUGUAGGAGAUCAAGCAUUGGUGUAAAUAUAUUAGACCAGUUUAAUGACUGUGCCAUUAGACUUGAAAUAUUUGAUGAUUUCGAAGGGAGUGUAGCGUGUAUGUGAGUUGUCAGGACUGAACUGGAUCAUAUUAUGACCUUUUCUCACUUUAUAUUGCCAUAACAACAUGGUAAAAAAAAAGCACUUUUAGUCUUCUGAUUUUAAACGAAUGUUCAACCGGUGCAAAAUGUGACUUCAUUCCAGAUUUUUAAAAAGGUAGAGGUGUGUAGGGUGGUAUGCCUUUUCAGUGAUGCAAAUGAAAAGCUGUUCAAUGGUAAAUGAUUUAGGAAACGUAGGAGAAGUAUUGGAUAGUGACCAAAAGCUUGUGGUGUUAACUCAACCAGCUGAAGUAUUAAAUAUUUAAUCUUUGGGUAAAUGUAGUAAGAUGCGGGUAGAAAAUGCUUAUGAAGAACAGUGCUGUAAAUAUGCUAACGCGUUUAACUCUUUGCCUGUCUGCAUUUGACAAACUGCUGUGAAACUUUCCUGUAUUUUUUCUUUGCUUUCAUUCUUGCUGCAAUCUGUGCAGUUUCUUAAUAUUGUUAGAGAACAACUUGUAUCUCAGAAUAGCCUACUGCUGUCUUUUAUAAUCCUCUGCUUUUCCUUUUACCAUUGUCUUUUAAAACACUGAAAAAAAUACUAAUAAAUGAAAGAUGUGGAUGAACUCUUCA